GUUUCCAAAAAACCCCUUACCACCCUAACUCAUCAUGUCUCCUAGAAGACAAAAUUCUCCUCGUCAACGAGCUGUUCGGGACAUAGAAAUGGAAGAACUACGUCAAAAAAUUCAAGGGCUUCAAGAAAGACUCGAAGCUUUUGAGGGACAACAAGCUCAACACCUGCAAGAUGAACCACAUGAGUCAGAGGAAGAUACUAAUGACGAGAAUCCCUUCCAUCACCUAAGGGAUAAUGAAAGCUCAUCAUCAACAGAAAAAGUUCGUCGUCGACGUCGUCCCCAACAAAAUGCUGCUCCCAAAUCCACUGACCUUGGCAUCAAAAUUGAUAUUCCAGAUUUUGAAGGUCACCUUCAACUAGAUGAAUUUAUCGAUUGGUUGCACACUGUGGAACGUGUGUUUGAACUCAAGGAUAUUCCUAACGACAAGCGUGUGAAGCUCAUCGCCAUCAAAUUAAAGAAGCAUGCAUCCAUUUGAUGCACUUCUCAAGGGAAAGUUUGCAAUGUCAUCAUUGACAGUGGAAGUUGUGAGAAUGUUGUGUCAAAUUAUAUGGUUGAGAAGCUAGGUCUGCUUGUCAAAGAUCAUCCCCAUCCAUACAAGUUACAGUGGCUACGAAAGGAAAACGAGGUAAAAGUAACCAAACGUUGCCUUGUUUCUUUUUCUAUUGGUAAUAGGUACCAAGACGAAGUAUGGUGUGAUGUUAUUCCUAUGGAUGCUUGUCACUUGUUACUUGGUCGCCCUUGGCAAUUUGACCGAAAGGCUAUCCAUGACGGCCAUGCCAACACCUACUCGUUUGUGAAAGAUGGUGUGAAGGUCAAGCUCACUCUCCUGAAGCCUGAAGAAACACUUGAAAAGAAGGAUGAGGACAAGGCUUUAAUCUCCAUAUCAACCUUUCAGAGGUUGCACCAAGAGUCGGGGAUAGCAUGUCUCCGACUAUUAUCCAAAGUAAAUGAUGCCACCUGCCCUUUUCCAGAAGAAAUUCAAUCUCUCCUUGAAGAAUUUUCUGAUGUUGUUCCUGACGAGAUCCCUCCUGGAUUACCACCAAUGAGAGACAUUCAGCAUGCCAUUGAUUUCAUCCCAGGAUCUGUCAUCCCAAACAAGCCUGCUUAUCGGAUGAACCCUCAAGAUGUGACAUUUCUUGGAUACAUCAUCACUGCUCAAGGUAUCAAGAUGGACCCCAGUAAGAUUGAUGCUAUUGUCAACUGGCCUACACCAACAUCGAUGCAUGAUGUUCGAAGCUUCCAUGGCCUGGCAUCUUUUUACCGGAGAUUCAUCAAGAAUUUUAGUUCUAUUGUUGCCCCUAUUACUGACAGCCUUAAGGUGUUAAGUCAAGAAGGUCGACCCAUUGCCUUCUUCAGUGAAAAGUUGAAUGACACAAAGCUCAGAUAUUCCACCUAUGACAAAGAAUUCUAUGCAAUUAUUCGAGCCUUGGAGCAUUGGAGUCAUUAUCUUCUUUCCAAAGAAUUCAUCUUGCACUCUGACCAUGAGGCAUUGAAGCACCUGAAUUCUCAACAGAAGAUCAGUCAUCGACAUGCUGCUUGGAGUGAAUUUCUACAAGCUUAUCCUUUCCUCCUCAAAUACAAAUAUGGGGUCCAGAAUUGUGUAGCUGAUGCUCUGAGUCGUCGACAUGCCUUGCUUACUUCCUUACAAAUGAAAGUCACUGGAUUUGAAGUGAUCAAGGAGUUGUAUGAGGAUGAUCCUGAUUUUAGCAACAUUUGGCAAGCCACUUCUAAUCAAGCCUUUCAACAAUAUCAUCGCCAGCAAGGUUACCUCUUCAAGGGUAACCGACUAUGUGUUCCAUGUUGCUCACUCUGAGAUUCAAUUAUCUGGGAAGCACAUAAUGGUGGAUUAGCUGGUCAUUUUGGGAGAGACAAGACUUUAGCUCUUGUUAAAGAAAGUUUUUACUGGCCAAAGUUGGAGGGAAAAGAGGGGGGAAAGGCUUUUCAAUUUUUUUUAAAAACAUUGUAAUGUGUGAGGGUAGGGUUUUAUAUGAAUAUAAAUAGAGGAUGCUGUC